AUAUUCUUGUCGGCUACGGCAUUAUAAGUUUUGUCAAUCGAUUUUCUAUUUAUUUUAUGUGAUUGAAUAAAAGUAGAUAAAUGAUUUAUCAGUUCACUUCCUUUGUAACGUAAUGUAACAUUGUAUUAAGUCUCAAUAUCACUGUUUCCAAAAUGAAACUUAAAAAACUAAAGUCGGAUACAGAGGAGGUGGUUCCUCCUCAAGCUGAAAUUAUUGAAGCGGACCUAUACAAGCGUUCAUACUUCGGUCCCGAUGUGCCAACUUUGGAGCUUGAAUGUUGGGAAGAGGAAUUGUCUGAGGCACAAUUGCAGGCUUACAAGAAUGCUGACGAUGAGUACAAAAGUAUCCAAAAUAAACUUGACGAGAUGGUGAAGAGCACCGGUGGUGAAAUUGUGUACAAUGGAGAUCAAUUUACUGCAUAUCAAUUACUUGGAAAACAACCAGUUCUUAAAGAUCUUGAGAGGCAAAGUGCUGAGAUUAUAAGGUCAAGAUCUCGCUCACUUUCUGUUUCUAAAGAGAAACCUAUAGGAAAGAGAGGCCGUCCAAGGAAAUAUCGUGAAGAAGACAGGGACUAUUCUCCAUCUCCUGAGAAGGCAAAGUCACCUGAGCUACGACAUAAGAAAAAGAAAAAAGACAAGGAAAAGUAUAAAGAGAAAGAGAAGGAAAAGGAGAAAGAAAAGGAUAAAGAUACCAAGACUAAAGAUAAAACAUUGGCACCAUCCAACGUGCACAGCGUGGUUACGAACGUGCGUCCCUCUGAGGCUACAGCUAUAGGCGGCCUCCUCACCGGCAGCGCUACCAAGGCCACCGCAAUUGUCGAUCUCACUAAAGAGGACGGCAACAAAAAUGUCGCCGAUUCUCGUGAAGUUUCAUUCAAUAAGCUGCAAGGCAAGACAUUCCCGUCCCUGGUAGUUGUGGCGCGACCAUAUCUCCGCUCUAAGGAGGGACCGCCUCCCUCCGACCGGUCCGCGCUCGACAGCAAGGUGAAGAGUGUGUUGAUGCACACGCCGAUGAAAUUCACGGAGUGGCUCAUACAGCAGGGACUCGUCCGCUCCGAGCAGUGGUGCGCCGUACACGCCGGGAACAAACUCAAACUCGGCAUGUACUCGGAUGUUUCCAAGUUCCCAUACUCUGGUGGCUAUGUUUGGAUAUCAGAAUGUUGUCCGACUCGCUUCGUGUCGGUGUUCUCCAGUUCUAUCUUUGAAGGUGCCACGUUCCCGCCGAGUGUAAUCCUAAAACUGAUCUACCACUGGGCUUGUCAGACUAAUGUACAGAACGUCGUCCAAUGGGUGAAGGUCGACAAUCUUUAUGUUAAGGGCUUGUUCACGUGGCUACGAGCAGUUUGCACUUCCGCUAUUCAUCAACAUAUGAUGUUACUCGGAGGGCCCGGGAAGAAAGUGGAGGUAGGAGUGAUAUCCUUGGGAACAACCAGUCAUGAUGGUACACAGAGGCAGGUCAAGGUGGAGGUGUUGGGAGUACUGGACCCUGUUGAAAAAUUGAUACGUCUCAGAGCUGUAGAACCACUCGCAGAACAUGAGAAGAACUACAAAAAGCGUUUCCAGAAGAUUUUGGAGCCUCUGACAGCAUGGGUUCACCCUUCAGCUGUCAUCUUGACUGAUCUGACUGUGGACAAGGGAACACUUGUAUCGAUGGGAUUCAAGCAUGUGCAUCAGACCUCAUCACACUCGGAUCAACCGUCGAGGAACAGCAACGCCAACAUCAUGGAGUAUUUGAGACGGAUCGUGCCUCGUAUGUUCCAGAAUACUUUAUCCCUGCUCUCCAGGCAGAUAAUACAGCAGUUCCUUGAUGAGCUGGUGUGGAGGGAAAAAUACGGUAUAUCUCCGGGGCAAGCGUUCGACAGCAUCGUGCAACACAUCUCGGAACAGACCAAACUGGAAGCCAGGGACUCCAUCACCGUGCGACUCAACAAGAUCGCCGCUAACCCAUUCAAAACAUGGAAAUAUCCUAAGUACAAGGACAAGGACAAGGCGGAGGAGCCGGAGCCGGGCCCGGAGCCGGUGACGCGCGGCAAGCGCGGCCGCAAGAGGAAGGAGCCCUCGCCGCCCCCGCCCCCGCCCCCGCCCACGCGCAAGAAGAAGAAGGAGAAGACCACCUACGUCGACGACGACGACGAGGAAGAGGUGCCCCUAGCGCUCCGUCGCACUAAGAUUAAGCAGGAGAAUGAGAAAAUCAAAGAAAAGGAAAGAGAGAAGUCCAAGGAUAAGGAAACCGAGAGCGGCGGCACCCGGGGUCGGCCCCGGAAGGCACCCCGCACGUAUGUCGAUGAUGACUUGGAUGAUAUCCCGCUGAAGGCCAUCAAGAAGGAAGCCAAGCCCGAGGAAACAGUCUCCAUGGAGAGAUACUACUUCGGACAGAUAGGGGGGAACGGUCCCCAUGAGAAGGUCGCCAUCGCUGUGCUGUGUCCGCUGUGCCAGACGGAGUUCCACGACAGCUGGUCGCUGUCGGAGCACAUAUUCGGGCACGUGGUGGGGGAGGUGGGCGGUGUGGGGGAGGCGGGGGAGGCGGGGGCCGGGCGCCAGUGCCGCUACUGCCUGGCGCGCUUCCCCGCGGAGGCCGCGCUGCAGCAGCACCUGGCCACGGCGCACCCCGGCGACACCAAGUCCCCGGAGAUGUUCACGUACGCCUGCCUCAUAUGCGAGGUUCGUUUCGCUGCCGUUCUGACGCUGGCGUCGCACAUGCAAAAGUGUCACGUGCCGCUGGAGCUGCCGUACGCGUGCGGCGCCUGCGACUACCGCGCCUCCUCCCACCGCGCCGCCGCCGACCACUACCGCGCCACCCACGCGCGCGCCCGCACCGUGCACUGCCCGCACUGCCUCAAGGUGAUAACCGUGUACGCGGACGGGCACGAGCUGACCUCCAACAUUAUGAUAUACAUCGAUCAUCUCAAACAACACCAGACGCAACUGGACAUACGCUGCAACAGAUGCGCGCUGCGUUUCGUACAUCUAGGUCAAAUGAAGGAACAUCAAGUACGCGACCACAAUACAAUCGAGAACGCAACUCCUCUUUGUUCAGAAGAACAUUUGAUUAAUCAACCGAAGAACAAGCCGCGCCCGCCAGUGAAGGACACGGCGAGCCAUAACAUAAUUGAGUCGUACGAGGACGUGACGCUGAUGCUGCCGGACGGAUUUCUCUGUCGCGAGUGUGAUACGCCAUUGGAGAGCGAUAAACACUUCCUCGGCGCUGCCCGAUGCAGCAAGUGCCCGUUCGUGAGCGGUUGCUACCGCGCGCUGCUGCACCACAGCGGGUACUGCGCGGGGCCGCACUGCCUCGAGGACGCGCCGCGCCCCGCGCCCUACCGCACGCGCUGCGUCUGCGGAUACAACACCACCAUAGGCACUGAUAUGUUGACACAUCUGCUGAUAUGCGAGCACAAGUCUGCAUACGCGUCCGAGGAGGAUGCGCGCGCCAACACUGUGGGCGCUGACGAACAAAUCACCAAGACUACUGACGAUUCGCAACCGGACGCGGUGGCAGAAAGCGUUCCAGCAAUAUCAGACUAUGCUCCACCAUCGGUGCUCAAUACACAGCUUUCACUAGAUGAUCUGGCGCCACCAUCUGUUCUGCAGUCUGAUCAGAAUGAUCAAGAGUUGCUGAAAGAUGCCUAUGACCGUCCAUUAGCAACACCACGCCAUGAAGAACCUCAAUACACUCUUGGUGACUUUGAGCCAUUGCCCCAGGAGCCUCCACCACAACCAGACUUUGAACAGCUGUAA